CGCGGAUCCGGCCACAAGACGGAGAGCGCGCGGACGCCGGGGCCCGUGCCGCGCGCCGCGGGGCGGACGCCCGUCCCCCCGCGGCGGCGCUGGGUCCCGCCCUCGCUGCGCGGCGACGCGGCCGACGCGGACGCGGCGCACGACCUCAUCCACCGCAAGGUGCGCGGCAUCCUCAACAAGCUCACGCCCGAGAAGUUCCGCAAGCUCAGCGACGACCUGCUGGCGCUGCAGCUGGACUCCGACCGCGCGCUCAAGGGCGUCAUCCUGCUCAUCUUCGAGAAGGCGCUGGACGAGCCCAAGUACUCCUCCAUGUACGCGCAGCUGUGCAAGCGCCUCAGCGAGGAGGCGCCUAACUUCGAGCCGCCCGGCCAGCCCUGCACCUUCAAGCUGCUGCUGCUCAACAAGUGCCGCGCCGAGUUCGAGAACCGCGCGCAGGCCUUCGCGGCCUUCGGCGAGCGCGCGCUGGCGCCCGAGGACGAGGAGCGCCGCCACCUGGCCAAGUGCAAGAUGCUGGGCAACAUCAAGUUCAUCGGCGAGCUGGGCAAGCUGGAGAUCCUGGCCGAGUCCAUCCUGCACCGCUGCAUCCAGGCGCUGCUGGCGCGCCGCGCUGCCGCCGAGCAGCAGGAGGACCUCGAGUGCCUGGCGCAGCUGGUGCGCACCGUGGGCCGCGUGCUGGACUCGGAGCGCGGCCGCGGCCUCAUGGACCAGUACUUCCGGCGCAUCGAGACGCUGAGCGCGGCGCGCGAGCUGGCGCCGCGCCUGCGCUUCAUGCUGCGCGACGUGGUGGAGCUGCGCCGCUCCGGCUGGGUGCCGCGCGCCGCCGCCGCCGCCGAGGGGCCCGUGCCAAUGCACCAGCUGCGCGGCGACGAGCCGCGGCGCGAGCGCGAGCCGCCCUUCCGCGGCGGCCGCUCGCGCCCGCUGGACGACGUGCUGGCCGGCCUGGCGCUGGCGCCUCAGGACCGCCUGCUGGGCAACGGCUUCCGCGAGCCGCGCCGUGCGCCCGGCUACUUCCCGCGCCACAAGCCCGCCGCCGCGCCGCGCCGGGCCGCGCGCGCGCCGCCCAGCAGCCUGCAGGAUGUGCAGAUGCGCCCGCCCUCCAACGCGCUGCUGUUCACAGCCACGCGGCUGUCGCGCCCCGCCGCGCCGCCGCUGGCGCCGCUGCCCGCCUUCGCCGCCAAGCCGCCGCCGCCCAAGGAGCCCGCCCUCGCCAUCGCCAUCAAGCCGCAGCCCGACAAGCGCGACAAGCCCAAGAAGGACAAGGCCCUCAACAAGGAGGAGGCGUGCCGCCUGGCCAUCGAGGCGGUGAACGCGCUGGCGGCGCGCGCGCCCGUCGCGCCCGACGCGCCCGACGCGCCCGAGCCCGAUGACGCGGAGCCCGAGCCCGACGACGAGCCCGCGCUGCAGCGCCUGCGCGACCUGCAGCUGCCCGACAAGGUGCUGCGGCGCGUCGUGGCCGCCGUGCUGGAGCACGCGCUGGCGGCCGAGCUGCCCGCCGGCGCGGGCGGCGACGACGACGCGGCCGUGCACGCGCUGUGCGCCGCCGCCGCGCGCGUCCUGCGCGGCGUCACGCGCGCCGCGCCCGCCGAGCUGCGCGCGCUGCUGGCGCGCCACCCGCACGCGCGCCUGCCCGCGCUGCUGGCGCACGCCGCGCUGCGCGGCCUGCUGUCGCUGGGCGAGCUGGGCGCGUGGUGCGAGGGCGGCGCGCACGGCGCGCUGCUGCUGGACGCGCUGGUGGCGCUGAGUCGCGCGGCGGGCGGCGAGCGCGCGGCCGCGCUGGUUGCGCGCGCCAAGCUGGACGUGUGCGCGCACGUGGCGGAGCGCGAGGCGGGCGCGGCGGCGGCGCUGGAGGCGCUGGAGGCGCGCGGGCUGGGCGCGCUGGCGCCGCAGCUGCGCGUGCGCGCGGCACUGGCGCGGCAGCUGGCCGCGGACCCCGCGCCCGCCGCGCUGUACCGCUGGAUCCGCGCCAACGUGGACGCGGCCGUGCGCGCCGACGCGGGCUUCGUGAGCGGCGCCGUGCUGCUGCUGGCGCAGCGCGCGACGGCGGCGGCGGGCGCGGGCGGCGCGGCGCCGGAGCGCGCGGCGCUGGAGCGCGAGCGCGCGCUGGCGGAGGAGUACGCGCCGCUGCUGCGCGCGCUGCUGGAGGGGCGCGCGGAGCUGCAGCUGGCGGCGGUGUACGCGCUGCAGCUGCACGCGCACGCGCUGCGCUACCCCAAGGGGCUGCUGCUGCGCUGGUUCAUGUACCUCUACAACCUGGAGGUGUGCGAGGAGGACGCCUUCCUGCGCUGGCGCGAGGACGUCACCGACGCCUACCCGGGCAAGGGCGAGGCGCUGUUCCAGGUCAACACGUGGCUGACGUGGCUGCAGCAGCAGGAGUCGGAGGACGAGGAGGCGGAGGACUAGCCGUCGCCGCUGCCGCCGCCGCCGCCGCCGGUCGACGCCGCACCGCUUUUAUUUGCGCUCAUCUCAUAUAAAUAUAAUUAAGCGAAAUAGUUUAAAUAGCUCCCCUCGUUACCCUUUAGCGCCCGAAGCGCGCGCGGCGCCGGCUCCGCGAGGUCCCGCUCGCCCCGCGCGAGGCCCUCCGCCCCGUGCGCGAGGCCCCGCUCGCCCCGCGCGAGGCCCUCGGCCCCGUGCGCGAGGCCCCGCUCGCCCCGCGCGCGCCUCCGCUGCUAAAUAGGUCAAUUUUAGGUUAAACUAAACUACGUAAACGAAUGUUAGUAUCUCGAGAUAAUUUUUUGUAGACCUUUUACUCGAUUUUGAUACUUUUACAAAUGUAUACAAUGUAUAGUGGUCGUCGCUCGUACGGUUGCACGUGUCGCCCCCCCCCCCCCCCCCCCCCCCCCCCCACCCGGCCCCGCUCCGCCCGCCGCCUGCACGGAGCGUUCUAGUUAAAAUUGUAAAAUAUGAUAUCUAUCAAGAAGUUAAAUCAAUUUUAUUAUUAUGAUUGUGAUCGUUUAUUUACAAUAAAUACUAAAUGGAUGUAGUGGAUAAACUAAGAAUGCUUAAAUUUCACUGUAUUAUCAGAUUUUAGGGUUUUAUAACGAAAUAAACAGAAAACUACAAAAAAAGUUUCCUCAGACGAGAAAUGCGUGUUGAUGAGUGAUUUGUAAUAAAAAGUUGUGAAGUGAUGCAAACUUAUAAAUAUAUUGUAACAUUGGUCAAUAUGUAUUCACGAUGAGAAUAAACUUCAGUGUAAUUUAUUACAUAA